GCGCUCCUGGUACCCAUUUGCUGUAGUUUAAAAAUGGCGUACGCAGAAUGCUGUGUUUACGCUGAAGAUAUCGUGAAAAACUCACAUGGAAACUUAGGUUUGGUGUUACAAGACGCAGAAGCGUCAUCAGAAGACGAAUCAGAUAGCGAGGACGAGGCACUAAAAAAGGGACAAAUCGUUGUUUGCUGGUACCCAUCAGGGCAAGAAGAAACUGUAUCUAUAUCAAAGAUACAAUUGGCAGACAGGUCACUCCUUCCUGGCGAUGUUGUCAAGCAUGCAGACCAGUCAAGGCCAAUUAAGCAGAAAGGAUUCAUUUCUGAUGUGGAGGUUAUAGCAAGUGUCAAAGUGAUAGCCGCCAAUCAAGUGGUGACAAAUAUUGAUUGUCGAGAGUUAAGCCCAUUGCAGGAGCUGGUGCAAGGUGUGCAUGUCACACUGGGACCAUGGCUUGGUCAAAUCAUGGAGGCAGAACUGAGACUUGUUUUAAGAGUCAAGAAUGGAGCAAGGUGCUGUCUGGAAGGUGAGCAAGUAGAGAUGCUGUACGAUCUCGGAGAUCAGAGAGACGAUGACUCGCCAUUCUACUCUGUGGUACACUACCCUGGGCAGUUAGUCUCUGGACCAGCUAAAGUGUUCAAGGAAGCAAAGUGGCUCUCUGGUACUAAACCCAUUCUGCACAACCAAACACAGGUCAAAGCUACAGUGGAAGAGGUGAAGGUUGUUUCUUGUGAAGUAAACUGGCUGGUAUGUGGAGCAUGUCACGAUGGAAACACAAGUCUCAUGCCGCCAGACCCCUAUAUUACCAAGGAUCAGUUAUCAGAGCUGAACUUUGUAAACCACUUCAAGCAUGCAAGUAUCCAGAUUGGCGAUAAAGCGUUCUACACGGUUAAAGAAAGGGACAUGCAUCUUGUUGCUAGCCAUUGUAACAAACCCCUCUCCCACAUGGACCUCCAACUAGACAAGACCCAUGACGCCACGUCCUCGUACCAGUCUCCCCACUCAGACUCUCUGCCAGAGGACGGCGAGAUAGGAGCCUGGGCUAAGGGCCCUGUGGAUGAGUCAGUUGAGAAUAUGGAAGAUGAGUCCGCUGAUAUAGAGACUGCUGGCGCCAGGAAUCAAGAUGAAGAUGAAAUGUUGGGUGAUGUCUCGAAACUGAAAAACUUGGUGUUAUCUGGGGAAGAUGAGACAGUCGUACAGCAUAGAAAGGGCCAAAGCGCUCAGACGCGAAAGCGGGAAACACAAAAUCAUGUCUAUGACUCGGGUGAUGCUGACGAAGAUUCCGAUCUUGGUGAUUCCGCCACGCCAAAGCACAAAAGCACUGGGAGCCAGGGCCCUAAACAUGACCCUACAUCUGGCCCCACAGCAAUGAGGUUCCCUAAACGAAGGCGGAAACGCAACAAGCGCAAGCGCAAGGCUACCCAGCCCAUUCAAGUGCGAGUCGGGGACAAAGUCUGCGUUGAAGUCACGUGUACCAGGACUCUUGUACACGUGAUUUGGCAAGACGGGUCACGUGAAGAGAACAUCUCAUCUACUGAUCUCAUCCCCGUGUUUCAUCUCGAUGAACAAGAGUUUUUUCCUGGUGACUUUAUCAGUGAUAAACGAGAGUCGGCUGACCAGUCGCUGUACGGCACCGUGUUAACCGCAGACUGCGCGUCACGCACGUGUAACGUCAGGUGGUUUACACGUGACGGUCAUGCAGUCAGUACCGAGAAUGACAUCAGUGUGUACGACAUCGCGGAACAUCCUGACUUUGUCUUCAACGCUGGUGAUAUCGCGGUCCGCGUGACUCCACCGGACGACUUGUCACUCCACAAUGAGGAGGAGGUGGCGGCUACGCCCUCUUCAUGUGUCGGACAGGUGGCGUCAAUUGACGAGGCGGGUAAUGUGCACAUCCUCUGGAUAGACGGAUCGCGGUCGCAUGUGAAGCCUCAAGAGCUCUACAAAGUAGACCCAGAGGAGGACGGUCAGUCCUUUACUGUCGGUAGCCAGGAAUCUGGUGGUGACGAGAACGAUGAUGACGAAUGGGAAACUGCCAGUGAUGUCAGCUCUGACGAGGAGCCACGUGACUCGAUCAUUAGUUACGGCUCGCCCGAGGCCGAGACCGCGCAGCGAGAGCAAGGGACUGGGGAGAAUGAUGACACCAUUAAUGAUGAAAGGAAUAAAAUCAAUGAAAUUAUAUCCAAUAGAAACCCCGCGUUCAUGAUGAUCGAGUCUGUACCUACGAGCCAUGCUUUCAAGAACACGACUUUCAGCCCCGAGAAUCAGCGCAAGUUCUUGUCGUGUCUGCGCAAGGAGUUGAUGCUUCUUCAGAGCUCUCUCCCAGAGGGCAUUCUCGUCCGCGGAUACGAGGAUAGAAUGGACAUCUUCCGCGUAAUGAUAGAGGGACCCGCCGGUACACCUUACGAUCAUGGACUCUUUGCAUUUGACAUUCUUCUCCCGGCGAACUACCCCGACGCCCCACCGAGCUUCCACUACCUCUCCAUGUGUAACGGCCGACUGAAUCCGAACCUUUACGAAGAUGGAAAAGUAUGCGUGAGUCUGCUCGGGACUUGGACGGGACGCGGUAGCGAGAUCUGGACUUCCAAGUCUAAUAUCCUCCAAGUUCUCAUAUCAGUACAAGGACUCAUAUUGAAUGACGAACCUUACUUUAACGAGGCCGGAUACGAGAAGCAACGAGGCACAGCCGAGGGUUUGGAGAAUAGCCGUUUGUAUAACGAGAUGGUGGUCUUAAAGCUCUUGCAAUCAAUGGAGAGAAUACUGCGCCGACCCCCUGAGGGAUUCGAGAAUGAGGUCGUACAGCACUUCAUGCAGAAUGCAGACUCGCUCAUCCAAAAGCUGUCCUAUUGGAUCAAACACUACGAGGGGCCAGCGGUCUUCGUUACUAAGGAUGGAACAAGUGACGUAACAAAGAGUGAAACUAAUAGUGAUUCUAAGAACAAAAUACCUCCUGUUGUUAAGGAUAAAGAAAUUUCCGUUGCUAAAGACAAAGACCUUUCUAAGGAGAAGGAAGAUUCUGUUGUGGUUGAGCAGGCGAGUUCCGUUGCUAAGGACGGAGGUAAUGAACCUGGAGUAAACGCCACAGGCAAACCAGAAGCGAUGAAAAAUCUGCCUGAUUUCCUAUUGUUUCCUUUGUCUAAAGGAUUUUGUACAAGUCUAAAUAGAAGUCUGGAGAAGUUUAAACAAGCCUGGCUGGAGGCGAAACAAGCUGGUAUCCCGGCGUUACCCGAGAAAGAAGAGAAGGACGCUGUGCAGUGAUAUUUAGAGAGCCCGCUAUUCUUACAAUUGUAAAAGCUUCAUAGACAUAAGAAAAAUCUUUUGUAUAUAUCUUUGGCAAUUGGUAAACCAAAAGGAGAAAUUUGUUUUCAAAAAGACAUAUGUCAAAAAUAGUGACCAAUGUUACUUGAAUCAAUGAAAAACACAAGCAGCAGACUGGGGGGUCUGAAAAAGUAUACAAGCUCUAUUCGCUACAAGGUAACGUGAUGUCUUAUAGGACGAACAUUUUUGUCAAAAGAGACGUUUCGUGGAAUAACCUAGCCAUAGACUUCGUAUUUACCACUAAACUUGAAAAAAGACUUGAUUUUGAUCUUGCAGAAUACUCAUAGAUGGAUUAAAUAUUCUAAAGUAACAUGAACAAGAAAGUGGUUGUCAUGGUUACUAUGUUAUAUCCUGCAAAACCAAAGGACAAUCUUCAGCAUAUUUAUACUCAAUUAUCUCAGCAAGCCUUGACCUGAAAAACUGAAUCGAAAUAAAAUAAUUUCAUGUGUA